AUGUGGUUUAAGCUAUUAUUGGCGUUUUUAUUGAUAUCAACAUCGGAGUCGCUUUUUCGAAAACAGGAGAAUAUCGAGGAACUAACGGCGUCUAAUUUCGAUUCGAAAGUAACGGAAAAAUCGAGCUUCUGGGUGACUGUCUUUUAUGUUCCGAACUGCGAGAAAUGCAAACAAUUCUCGAAGCAAUUCAUUGAGCUCGCGAAGAAUUUCAAAGGAGUCGCGAAAUUUGGAGCGAUAAAUGUGAAAGCGGAGAAAAAGCUUGCGAAGGCCCUCGGUGUCGAUUCGAAUAAAGAAUGUCCAGCUAUGAAGGUGUUCACUCCGGAUUCGGCGAAACCAAUCUCAAUUCAAUUGGAUGAUUUAAAGAACCCGAUUAAAAUCGCGGAUCAAAUUAAAAAUGUGAUAGUGAAGACCAUCGAAAAUCGAUUCCAAAACGUCAAACCGGAAAAGAGGAAGCGUGUGAUUACGAAAAAGGCCGAAGACGAUUUCCCUGGAGAAGUCGUUGUUUUGACUGAUAGCAAUUUCGAGAAGCUGGUUUUCAAUAGCAAACACCCAUGGAUGGUGGAAUUUUUUGCGCCAUGGUGUGGGCAUUGCCAACGAUUGGCGCCGGAAUGGAAGGAAGCGGCGAAAAAGAUGGGCGGAAAAGUCAAAUUCGGAGCUCUUGAUGCCACAGUCCAUAAUCAAAUGGCCCAGAAAUUCGGGAUUCAAGGAUUCCCUACAAUCAAGUAUUUUGGACCCGGAAGCACUGAUCGCGAUGCAAUUGAUUUUCAUGGGGAACGAACGGCACAAGGAUUGAUCAAUUUUGCGACCGAGAAAGCGACUGAAAUUGUGCCGCCGCCGGAAAUCAUAGAAGGAAUCAGCGAGGAUGCUGUACAGGAAGCCUGUUCGGACAAACAGCUCUGCGUUUUCGCAUUCUUGCCACCCCUUUUGGAUUGUCAGUCAAGUUGUAGGAAUCAGCACAUUGCUAUGAUUAAUGAUGUGAUCGAGCACUUUAAAAGACGCCAAUGGGGAUGGGUUUGGAUGGAAGGAGGAACCCAAAAUGAUGUUGAAUUAGCGUUUGGAGUUGGUGGAUUCGGAUAUCCUGCCAUGUCCGUAUUGAGCCCGAAAAAAAUGAAAUUUGUGACGUUUAGAGGGUCUUUUUCAAAGGAAUCGAUUGUUGAAUUCCUUGAAGGAAUUGGAUAUGGAAAAUCGCGGGUUGAAAGUAUUUCUCCAAAAGCAUUGAACGAUGAUGGAUUCCUGAAGGUUGGCACGAUUGCGGCUUGGAAUGGAAAAGACGCGGAAGAGCCGAAAAUGGAGGAGAUUGAUCUGUCGGAUGUUGACAUGAAAACCGAACUUUAA